UUGCCAACAUAACCUUAUCUAGUCACAUCAAAAUUUCCUGCUGGUUUCAUUUUGAAAAAUGUUAAAACAACUCAAUUCUUUCGCAAAUAAACUAAAAUUAAGCAAUUAUAAUGUUGUAAGAACAUGCAGCGGUGGUCCUACACCAUUAAAACAACCCAAAACAUCACAAACACCGCUACAAAAUGAAGAAACCAAGAAAAGUACACAUUUUGGCUUCAAAACAGUGGAUGAACAUGAAAAAGAAGCAAAAGUACACGAAGUCUUUGAAAACGUCGCUAAUAGCUAUGAUUUGAUGAAUGAUGCCAUGUCUAUAGGCAUUCACAGAGUGUGGAAGGACAUUUUCAUGCAUAGACUUAGUCCUACAAAGGAUACUAAGCUACUAGAUGUUGCAGGUGGUACAGGUGAUAUCGCGUUUAGGUUCUUAAAUUACGUCAAAAACACACCCUAUACUUCAUCUUGUCACGUCACAGUGUGUGAUAUCAACAAACACAUGCUGGACGUCGGCGAAAUAAGAUGUAAACGCGCCAAGCAUGAUCCUAAUACAAUUUCAUGGAUCGAAGGCAAUGCAGAGAAGUUACCCUUUAAAGAUAACUCGUUCAAUGCGUAUACGAUUGCGUUCGGUAUUCGUAACGUGACUCAUAUUGACAAGGCGCUGCAGGAGGCGUACAGAGUGUUGAAACCGGGCGGGCGGUUUAUGUGCUUGGAGUUUUCGCAAUUGGAAAACUCAGCGGCGCAAUGGGUGUAUGAUCAGUAUAGUUUUCAAGUUAUCCCGGCGCUGGGGCAGAUCUUGGCUGGGCAGUGGCAGCCGUACCAGUAUUUGGUGGAGAGUAUCCGGCAGUUUCCCGAUCAGGAGGUUUUUAAGGGCAUGAUCGAAGAGGCUGGCUUCAGACAAGUUAGUUAUGAGAAUUUGACGCUAGGUGUCGUUGCUAUACACUCUGGGUUUAAAUUAUGAGUUACAUGAAUAAAUUUUUUGAUUUUUUGAAA